UGGGCCAGUGCAGUCAAGUGCAGUAGACAGGAACAGCGGGAACAGCCAACAGGGAAAGAUGUUCUGAGGAAAGAAACAAGGCCGUUGACUACAUUUUACUUAAAUAAUUCUAGAGCCUCCAGUGACUGUCAGUUGACAAUGUCUUCAGUACUUGACGACUUUCAGAGGAUUCUCGAUCUCCUCGAGUGCCCGUCAUGCAAGAUAACGAUGUCAGCACCCAUCUUCAUGUGUGAAGUCGGCCACAGCGCAUGCGGUUCCUGCAAACUAACCGUGCAGAAGUGCUGCAUAUGCAGCUUUACCGGGCGCAAAUACCAUCUACUACUGAUACUACUAAUACUGCCACAACUACAAUCAUCACCAGAACAACCAACACUAGCACCAACACUAGCACCAACAGCAACACCACCGCCAUCACUUUCGCCAACACGACCGCCACCAACACCGCCGCCACGACCGCCACCAACACCACCACCAACACCGCCACCACCACCGCCACCACCACCACNCACCAACACAACCGCCACCAACACCGCCACUACCACAAACAUCGCCACCAAGACCGCCACCAACACCACCACCAACACCACCACGACGGCCGCCACCACCGCCAUCAAGACAACCACAAAAACCUGCUAUCUUCAAAUUAUAAAAUCCGAGUUAACGAAAAGUGGGGCCUUCUGUCUUCCGUCAAAUACUGAACUCGCUGUGACCAAAUUCCCCGAGAGUUUACUCGCUUCACUGGACAUCAGAAAAGAGUUAGAUUUAAAGAAGUGA